GAUGGCCGGGCGUCCGCGCUGGAGGGACCCGGAGAGCGGCGCGAGGUGUGAGGCGCCCGCUCCGCCCUCGCGUCGGCCAGGGGCAGUCGGCUGAUGUGAUUGAGCGGCCUCGUUGCCUCUUCCCGUUGUUUGUGCCUGUGUUUCCCGGCAGAGGAAGAUCUCUAGCAGCUUUUCCUUCUCCACCGUCGCCCCAAUUUCGGGGGCUCUCGGUGGUGAGGGAAAUGCACUCUGCAUCUGCUCAGGAGCCCGCUCGUUUGUUUUGCAUGUACCCCAAAAUGGAACUCUACUGCUGUGGGAACGGAUGCUGGAUUGGCUGAUUGUGCCUCCGAAGGAGAGGAAGAAGUGGUGCAGAGCAUGGAGAAUGAUGAACUUCCGUCAGAGGAUGGGAUGGAUUGGUGUGGGAUUGUAUCUAAUAGCAAGUGCAGCAGCAUUUUACUAUGUCUUCGAAAUCAAUGAGACUUACAACAGACUAGCACUGGAGCAUAUUCAGCAGCCCCCUGAGAAACUCAGAGAAGAAACCACUUGGAUGCACUCCUUAAAAACACGACUGCUAUCUGUACCCUUUUGGCUGUGGGCCAUUAUCUUUUUAAUCCCCUAUUUACAGAUGUUCUUGUUUCUGUACUCAUGUACAAGAGCUGAUCCCAAAACAGUGGGUUAUUGCAUAAUUCCUAUCUGCUUGGCUGUUGUUUGCAACCGUCACCAAACGUUUGUGAAGGCCUCCAAUCAAAUCAGCAGACUGCAGCUGAUUGACACUUAAGUCGUUCUGCUCUUUUCCAUGAACAGUUUUAGAGAAUCAGAAGAUGGCUGGCUGUUUCAAUUGAACAUAUGAAUGGAACUUGAAAUUCUUUUUGUCCAUGUUAACUACUGAAUAGAGCAUCUAUCUUUUUAAAAGGUUGAUUUUAAGUAUUGGUGCGUUCUAUUUGCUGAAAUAACAGUCUUCUUUGAAGCUAGAGGGUGACUUUUUCAUAUUUGCCUUAUGAUGCAGAAUUUCUACACUAUCCUGGAAGUUUUUGUGGGGAAAUGUAUAUGAAACCUUCACUGUGUGCUCCCUCCCCAGCCCAGCCCUAACUCUUCAAGCUUCCCCUAAGAGGAGAAAUGGUGAAAAAUGACUUUUCUUUUGUUAUAAUGUGUACAAUUUGGAAUGAUCAUAAAAGUGGCAUUUGAGACAUUGUGCUUUCUCUUUUAAUAAUGUUGCACUCAAUAAAACAGAACUCCAUUCA